UAGCAUGCACGUUGCCAAGGGGCGGGGCUAAGCGAUUACAGCCGCAGCCUCUCCGCAGAUCCAGCGAACAUCUGGAGCAUCUUUUCCAGCAGAAUCGUGUUGUUGUUGCUCACAACCUCCGCACUGGACCUGGUCUGGAGGCUGUCUCGCUAAAUCCCAGGCCGGGAGGAGGACGAUGGACCGCGCGGAACCAACAUCGAAGCCGUUCUAGGCCUAAUGGAAGCUAACCUGGACCUCGGUUCUGGUUUCAUUCUGCAAUAAAGACUCCAUCACGAUUCGGUGUUAGGUGUCUCAAACGGAUUAAAAGCACCAGGAUCAGAAUCACUCUAGUCUGGUUUUGUCCCAGCUGGAUUUUAAAACGUAACUCUGACCAGGAUUACGCUGACCCUGGUUGCGAGAGGCUCUGACUCGGACUGAGGCUGGUCCCGGACGCAGUAUUGGUUGUGGUCACCAUGCCGACGUCCCGGCCCGGUUCGGAGCCGGUGGAGUUCUGGGUGGACGGCUCUAGGAGGGACGGGACGGUGGAGGAGUUCUACAAUCUGAGUUCCGAACUGGGCAGAGGAGCAACAUCCAUUGUGUAUCGCUGCGAAGAAAAGGAGAAGAAGAAGCCGUACGCCGUCAAAGUCCUCAAGAAAACGAUUGACAAGAAGAUAGUUCGUACAGAGAUCGGCGUCUUGCUCCGCCUUUCUCACCCAAACAUCAUCCAGCUCAAAGAGAUCUUUGAGACGGACACCGACAUCUCCCUGGUUCUGGAGCUCGUCACCGGAGGAGAGCUGUUUGACAGGAUCGUCGAGCGCGGUUACUACAGCGAGAGGGACGCCGCCCACGUCAUCAAACAGAUCCUGGAGGCUGUGGCGUAUUUACACGAGAACGGCGUUGUGCAUCGUGACCUCAAACCCGAGAAUUUACUCUACGCUGACCUUUCACUGGACGCCCCGCUCAAGAUUGCCGACUUUGGUCUUUCCAAAAUAAUCGAUGACCAGGUGACCAUGAAGACAGUGUGUGGUACGCCAGGAUACUGUGCUCCUGAGAUCCUUCGAGGAAACGCUUAUGGCCCAGAAGUGGACAUGUGGUCAGUGGGCGUGAUCCUCUACAUCCUGCUGUGCGGCUUCGAGCCCUUCUUCGACCCGCGGGGGGACCAGUACAUGUACAGCCGCAUCCUCAACUGUGACUACGAGUUUGUCUCCCCCUGGUGGGACGACGUGUCGCUGAACGCCAAAGACCUGGUGAGCAAGCUGAUCGUGUUGGACCCUCGUAAGCGUCUAAGUGUGCGUCAGGCUCUGCAGCACCCGUGGGUGCUGGGCAAGGCUGCGCGCUUCUCGCACAUGGACACCACGCAGAGGAAGUUGCAGGAGUUCAACGCUCGCCGCAAACUUAAGGCGGCCAUGAAGGCCGUGGUGGCCACGAGCCGGAUGCACGAGGGCUCGCGGCGUCGGACUGACAGCUGUGAGAUGGCCGCGUCCGCCACGUCCCGGCAGAGCAGUGUGCAGCAGGACCCGCCCCCUGAGCCUACAGACCCUGUCCCCAAAGACAAGGAGGCCACGCCCUCGGAGAGUCAAACGACACCAACGGACCAAAGGAGCCCCUCCCCUUCUCAGAGCCCCAAACCAGUCAAGGCUGACGCUCCUCCCACUGAGCCAGCCCCCACCAGACCACCGCUGCGGGCCGACGGACUGCGGCAGACGUCCGUUGUCACAAAAUCCAUGCUGGUCCCACCCAGACCGCCCAAGAAAAGUUACACGAUGGUCCAACCCGCAACCAGGGGUCAGGCCACACCCCCCAGUCCCAACAGCCUCAGUAAUGGCUUUGCACCAGGGGCAGAGCCUACUGGUAAGACCUCCCACUGCCAAUGAGCUCUUUCAGUACAGCUCCCCUCACAGAGACGCUAAUGUGCUAACAGUGCGGCCCUGUUGUUCAGUGUGGGUGGAGAAACCUCCAGAAGAAAGUACUGCAUGGAUGCUAACUUAGCGUAGCUUCUACUCAUGUAAAUAUACGUCAACGAACAUUUCAUUUUACUGACAAGUGCAUGAAAUCAUAUCAACAACGUCAUACGUCACAUCAGCUAGUGUGCUAGCUAAUGCUGGUGAUGCUGACAAUAGUUUGUUUGAAAAGUUAAGGUUCUCAAACGAUUGUAUUCUUGACGCCGUGGCUAGCUCGCUAGAGCAUUCACUCUGAGGUCCAACAGCAACUUUUUUGUGGUCAUGUUGUUGGUUGUGUUUCUGUCACCUUUUAACAUGCUCAUCUUAGCUUCGCUUAGCUUAGCAUCGACGUCCAAUUCUGGGAGACUUCCUGGUUGUGUGGCAGCCAGUGGCGGUUCUGGCUUGGGCGGAUCGGACCUGUCUCUCUCUCCCCCCCCCACUCUCACUACCAGUUUUACUUUACAAAGGCAAGUUUUUUUAAUUUAAAAAUAUAUGUAUUAAUUUAGGAUAAGCGGCCUGGAAGAUGGAUGGGUGGAUGAAGUAAUUUAUACAUUGCCUCCCAGCCCCCCUUCUCCCCACCCCAACGCACUUCAACUUUUUCCAACUACAGAAAGGUGCUUAUUUCACAAGCUGAAGCUCCCCUUACAUUGCAUUUGACUUAAAUCCACAUUUAGACAAUUAAAACUCUCAGUCAAGAGAACAAAUAAACAGCAGGAAGUCUAUAGCCACCAAUUCACGUUAGCUUAUUGGAUCAUACUCAUUCCAUAAUGUGGUGUACAUAAAGUGAUGCUAUAGCUCAAUACCUUUAUUUUUGGCCCGUUUCUCCUCUUCUUCUUUCCUCUUCUUUCUAAAUUGUGCACCUGAUGGCUUUGACUUUGUAUUUUCCAUGUUUUGUUGACACUAAUUAACAGCACUUUUAUCAUCUCCUACCGUCACCCAACUAGCAGUCAAGGCUAUACCAACUCAUAUCGACUCGCAGUUCCCUCAUUUUUAUUGCACAUUUUCCUCGUGAAAUAACAUGUUUGAGACUCUUGGUCUCCGAUAUUAUUCAUAUAAUAUAAUAUUAAGAAUUAAAUAUGUUUAAUUUUUUAGCAGUUACUGUUGUAACUUGUAAUUAAUAUGAGGGCUGAGGCUCCCUCCCUUCUUCUUUGGUUUGAUCCUCAUCACGUGGUGGACGUUUGAUCACGUUUGACCAGCAUGGGGGCACGAGUAUCACGCCUGUAGAGGGCGCCCAUCUGCCACACAUAUGCCUGACUUGAUGAGGAUUUGACGAGAGCUGAGCGUUAGUAAAUAGGAUUUUUUUUCCUUUCCCCUGCUGCGGCGCCCCCUGGAGAAGGCCGCCCUGGGCAAUAGCCCAUGUGGCCCAUAGCUAGAACCGCCACUGGUGGCAGCUGUAGAUGUCAAGGUUGCUAGGCAACAGGAGGAGCUGCUGUAAACAGGAAGUGUUUCUAACAAGACCACAGAUUAACUUCUGGGCUUCUACAAGAAGUGUGUGUGUUUCACUUUUUCACAUUUGAAAUGCUUUCGCUUAGCUUCACUUUGGGCCAGUUUUGAUAUGCUAUGCUGACGUUGUUGUGUUUGAAACACUCCUUGUUUGCAUUUACCUGGCCUUUGAUCUUUUGCUGUAGGUUAAAGGUCAUAAUCCUAUUGACACAUGCAGGUUAGCAUAGCAUUAGCGACAUGCCACGCUCCCAUGGAGUCACAUGACUUCCUGUUUCACUGUAAGUUUGCAUGUGUGAUGCAUGCAGAAGUGGGUGGGGCUAUGUGUAAUAGUGUUUUUGUGUGGUCACAAGAUGCAGACAGGAAGUGACAUCAGUAAAGUUUCCAUCAUUAGAAAUGAUUGACGGCUUGUUUCUUUAUUGUUGCGCAACGGUGGGUGGCCAUCUUUGUAGUUUUUUACCUGCUUCUUGUUGGGAGCACAGCCUCUGGCGGUAAACUCGUCCUCCCUGGACCGUCCCGCACCAGUACGACGAGCCAGACCGCCACUGGGACACCUCCCACACCGAGCAAGUG